UACAGGUAAUUUACAGUCACCCGCAUACUAGCUUAUUGACGUGAAUAGAUAACUAAAAAAUAGUGAAUAUUGUUUGUUACUAGAUUAAAAAGAUGGAGAAUGCUAUGGCUUUAGUAGAGUUUGACGAAAGUGAAGAAAAUAACUUAAUAGUAUGUGAAGAAGCACUUCAGAAGAUUCAGAAUUUACCAACCAGUUAUGGCAUAACAGCGACGGCAAUCGUUGGACCAGGGAGAAUUGGGAAAUCAUCGCUCUUGAAUUGGCUAGUUGGAAAAAAUGUUUUUAAGAUUGGAUCAAAAACAUCACGCGUAACAAAGGGAAUUUGGAUGUAUAUAGAGGAAGACAGAAUCAGAAACUUGGCAAAUAUUUACAUUGAUGUUGAAGGAUUUGGAGACCCUUCAAAGUCAAAUGUUGAUGAAAACGAUAAUCGGUUGCUGAAUAUUGUGACCCAAAUUUGUGACGUUGUCUUAUACAACAUUAGAGGUGUGUAUGACAGUGACAUGCUUCACAAGAUAAAAUUUGUAUGCAGUUUGUUCAAUAGGUAUAGGAAAGGAAAUGCCGUUCUAGAAAAACCAAUCCUUGUUUCUGUCUUGAGGGACUUCGAUCUCGACCAGCCGGAAUGUCCUGACACAGAAUUUCAGAAACUAUUUAGACAAAACCCUGAACUUUUAGACACGUUUCGACAGACAAAAGCAUUUACGCUCGUCAAACCAAAAGAGGGUAAAGUGAUUGAUUUGGCGAACACACCUGAUUCAGAACUCUGUGAAGAAUUUCUUCAAGGCAGGAAUGAGAUGAAAAAGUACUUGACUAACAAUACCAAGCCGUUACGUGCUGCGUCAAACAAGACAAUUAAUGGAAUCGUGUUGGCAGAAAAUAUUCGAAGAACAGUCAAGCACGUCAAUGAUGACGAUUUAAGAAUGCUUUCGAAAUCCUUAUCAGAAAUACUUAAAGAAAAGAACGAUGUUAUAAAACAAUCAGCUUUAGAAACAUAUAAAACUGAGAUGAGAAAAAAAUGGCCUCUACCGAUUCAACCAGAAACGUUAAUGGGACUUCAUGAAAUGGAAAAGAAUGCUGCUGUGGAACAUAUUUAUGAAAAGUGUUUCACUAUUUCCGGAAGCAUUGAAGUAGAUGAAAAGGAGUUCAAGGUUGAUAUAGAAAACAUGUUUAAAGAGAUGCAAAAAGACAAAUGCAAAGAAGCUCUCCAGUCUGCAGUAUCUGAAAUCGGACAAAAACUUCGGAAAGAGGAGUACUUUGAAGAUUGGGGAGAAACAUGUUUUCAUUAUGAUUAUGAUAAAGCGGAAAAGGCUUAUAGAGAAUGUACAAACUUAGGCCCCGAGAAAUUGGAUAUUUGGCAAAAAUACAAUGAAGAAAUGAAGACUACUAAAGAGCUCAUAAAGCAAAAAGCAAAAGUAAGAGACAUAGAAAAAACAGCAGCUGCUUCUGAAAAAGAGAACAAAGAAAAACUUGAAAAGCUAGCAAAGGAAAAUGAAAAGCUUGAAGUUAAGAGAAAAGAAUUUGAAAAGAGCCAAGAGAAUGAUCAAAUCCUGCAAGGGAUAUUAGGUGUUGGAAGGCUUCUGGUAGAUUGUGGCAGAGGAAUAACUGAAAUGUAUCGCAACGUUGCUAUCGCUAAUGCGCAAGACCGGGAUCGCCUCGAAGUUAAUAUAUUCACUCCUCGAGGAUCAAGUGCCUCCAUAGGUGGUGCUAGUUCCUGGGAAGCAAAUCCCUCUGGUGGUUCAGGAUCAGGAUCAUCUUCUGGAGGAGCAAGGUCCUCGUCCCCGACUGCUUCGUCUAAAGACACAGAAUUGUAAAAAUAUGGACAAGAAAAUGGUGACAAAUAAAAAUCGUUUAUUAGCUCUACAGGAAAAACAUUGUCAUGAUUGCUCUCUGAUGUGUACAUAUUUCUCUUUAUUACAGUGUAUGUAAGAAAUAUAAUUAUCAAUCUAUGCCAAUAUAGACCUUGACCUUGAAUAGAAAUGGGGAUAUUUGGAUACAAUUUUCGUUACAUAAGAUUAAUAUUGACGUUUUUUUCCUUGGUGUUUGGGAAUAUUUUGUAAAAAAAUACAUUGACAUUUUUUAUGUAGUAAUAGUUAUAUAUGAUAUACUUUGUAAGUUACAGAAUUAUCAUUGUAAGGAUUAUACACUCGAAAGUGAGUAAAAAGGGUAAAUGAUAGGUAUUUAUAAGACAAAGGAUAAAGGAUCACUUCAUAUAGUUCAGUCUUUUCAUUUGAUGAUUGAUGUCUACAAUAUCUUUCUAUUUGCCUUGAAUUAUAAGACGAAAAGAAUCAUUUUUUACAUAAUUAUAAGAAUAUUUUUCCUAAAGAAAUUCAUCUGCAAAUUUACCUGCAAAAGGAAAUCAGUGAAGAAAACUAAUAUUCUGAAAUUCGCUAUUUCUUAAAUAUUCUCUAUCUAGAAAGUCAAGUUCUCCAUUUUAUUAAAAUAAUGCCUGCAAAAAUAAUAAGGAAGGCAAUGUAUCCGUUCUACAAUGUAAGAAAAGGUAGUGAAACAAUAUCUUUCUUUUAAUUGUUAAUGAUCUUGAGAAUAUACUUUAAUAAUACUCGUUAAGUUAUUUUUUUUCUUCUGCUAAAUGAAAUGUGUUGCAAGCUAUUUAUGAAUGAUUGAAACUAAAGUACAUGUACCAAUAAAAUGACAGAAUGUUUCAAUACAGAGAGUGUUUGUAUAAUCACUUUUUUGUUGUUUUUUAUUAUUGUUGUUGUUGUUUUUUGUUGUUUUUGUUGUUUUUCAUACUCAAAUGAUGAUAAAUCAACAACAUAUUGCCAUUUACUAUGUCAUGUGAUGUAUUAAAUAUUGUACUGAUUAAACAGACAUAUGUAGAAAAUUACCCCCAGACAUGUGAAAGUUUCUUUUAAAGAUAUACUAUGCUCAUCCUUGAGCAUAAUAUUUUAAUUACAUUGAAAUUUAUUAAAUUCUUACUGAAUAUGUCUAACUUAGAUACAAAAUGAACUAUGUAUGGGAAGCUGCUUUCCCUAUAACAGCUGAAGUCAAGUUGGUCUUUUCUGAGAAAACUGUCAUUGUUAGGACUCUUUGACCACUUAUAGUGAGUAAAACUUAAAACAUAACAUAUCUACUCUGUGUGAAGUCAAAACAUACUUAUUUUAUAUAUGCAAAGAGAUUGUUUAGCAAUUAUAAAUAUUUUCUAAUAUCAAAUUUGAGCAUAGUAUAUCUUUAACUACACAUAAGAUCUUGUCUCUAAUAUGCAUCUUGUUCAGAUAGGUGCGUUCAAAAACAUUUUUACAAGUCCAUACAUGUCCAUUAUAGUCAUGACACAUUUAUUACACUCAUUUGCAAUUUUACAACAUUGAUUCAUUGGUGAAUGUUGGCUUUUGUAUUCAAUUUAUCUAUAAAAAAAUAUACCUGCUGCGAUUUAAUGUAGAAUUAAAAAUAAUAAUGUCAUUAUGCAGUACGUUGAAAUCGAUACAAGGAUAUGUGUAUGGUAUUGUAUGAUUGAAAGAUGACGUAUAAUUGUAAAUAAAUUAUAUAUUAAUAUUUUAUAGAAAAAUUAUUAACGCUUGUAUUUACAAUUUUUUGAAACUAGUAUGUCCAGUUGGUUACGAAAAUUUAGGUGUUUGAAUAUCAUUGGCAUGUAGAUAACGCACGAGCUUAUAUAAAUGCAUGCGAAUUUCUUGACAUUUUUUUUCCUUUAUUUAUUUUAUAUUUUAAGGCAAUGUUAAGCGAAUUAUGUAAUAUAAACUUGAUUUUGCUGAGGCGUUUAAUUAGCUAAAGGUUUGUAUAGCUUACACUAUUUUAUACACAAACAUUUAAUAUAAAAUAUGUUUCUUUUUUUCAAAUAUAUUUUUCAUUUCAUAUUUAAUAUUAUUUAGUAUGGUUAUCCUUCGCUUCGUUUUAGACUUUACAUAAUAGUAGAUAUUAUUUGCUUUACUCUUAGAAUUAUUAAUCUAUUAACACAGUGACUCAGCUGGUAUCAAACCGGUUUCGAAUAAACACACUGUUUCAUUUUGCCGUGUUUAAAGGAUUAUUUGGCCACGUUGUGAUAUUUUGCCAUUUAGUAACCACCUGAACUAUUGGAUUUUCAACGAAUGGUUAAAACAAUUACACGAGUUCUCUGUUGCAAUAAAAAUGCAAACUAUGAAAAUACAUUAAGCAUUUUUGUUUUGUUUUGUGGUUGCUUUUUAUUAUCUAUUACUGUAUUUUUAUUUGUUAAAAUAUCAGAUUAUUUGUCAAAAUGGUUGUGGUAAUAAAAUUCGUUGUGGCUUA